CGAUGACGUCGCACAUUCAGUUUGGUGGGUUGUUCUUUCAGCGGAAAAGACAGCUACAAAGCGGAUGUACUGAACCCGGUGUAUCUCCUGAAGUCAAGAUUUUUUAAUUGAUCUUCCUCUUUCAAGCCCAGUCCUCCUCUCCUUGACUGGUCUUCAACCAAGGGGUUGAAGGACACACAAACACACUCUCGUCUCCCACACUCGUCCCAACAGCACAAUGUCGUACGCUAAAGCUGACGGCUACCGCAGCCCUCCUCGGGACUUCAACGGCCUCAUACAGACAUGCAGCUCCAACAUCCAGAAAAUCACACAGAACACUGCCCAAAUCAAGAGCAUGGUGAGCCAGCUGGGCACGAGACAAGACAACAGCGAACUUCAGGAUAAGCUCCAACAGAUGCAACACUACACAAACCAGCUGGCAAAAGAGACCAAUAAACACCUGAAAGACCUAGGCUCAAUAUCUCUCCCCAUGUCCCCGUCUGAACAGAGACAACAAAAAAUCCAGAAGGACCGCUUGAUGAAUGACUUCUCAGCGGCCCUGAAUAACUUCCAGGCCGUGCAGCGCCGCGCAGCAGAGAAGGAGAAGGAGACGGUGGCCCGGGCCCGGGCCGGAUCACGUCUCUCGGCUGAAGAUGGUGGCAAUGAUGAGCAGCUUGUUUCCUUUGACAACCAUGAUGACUGGGGCCAGACCACGCAGACGCAGGCAGAGGAGGCAGCCAUCACAGAGGAAGACCUGGAGCUCAUCAAGGAGAGGGAGACCAACAUACGGCAGCUGGAGUCAGACAUCCUGGACGUGAACCAGAUCUUCAAAGACCUCGCCGUAAUGAUCCAUGACCAGGGGGAGAUGAUUGACAGCAUAGAGGCGAAUGUGGAGAGUGCAGAGGUGCAUGUGGAGCGCGGUGCAGAGCAGCUGCAGAGGGCAGCAUACUAUCAGCAAAAGUCUCGUAAGAAGAUGUGCAUCCUGGCGAUGGUGCUGAGCAUAGUCGUCAUCAUUCUGGGCAUCAUCAUAUGGCAGGCGGCCAAGUGAAGAGGUUUCAAUUGCACCUGUUCACUCACCUCGCCACAGCACACCUCUCUUCUUCCUCUGUAAAACCAACAAAGAACAAAAUGGAAACAAAAGCACCAACACACUCAUUUCUUGUCUUUUAGUGACCACCCCCUUCCCUCGCUCCCUCCCUCCCUUCCUUUCCAGUCAGCCGCAUCUUGGCUUGUUUAGCUAAAAGUGUCCCUGAGCUACAUCCUUGAGAGAUAAAGAGAGAAUGAGAUACAGGUGGAGAGGUAGAGGAGUAUUAACAGGGUGUGGAAACUAUAUGCGUUCUCUUUGAUCUUGAUGGAUUUAGUGUGGUCAGUCUUUUUGUGAAACACAAACGUGUUUGAUACGCUAAAGUAGGGCUGGGUGGUAUACCGUUGAAAAACCGUGAUAACGGUUUUCACCUACACAAGGUUCACUUUUUGAUGAAAGAAGGUAUUUUUUCUCCAAAAAAGUGAUUAAAAUAGAAAUGGAGAUGAAUUAAAAAUCAGGAUUUUAUGUCAUGUUUAAAUUUAAUUUCAGGCUUUUCUUCAGAAAUAGUAGUUCAGAUACACCGCGCUCUUCCGUGUGGUGCGUCUCCAGUUGAAUAACUUGGAAGGUGAGAAAGUGGAUCGCACUCGGGUUCUUCUUUUCUUCUUUUUAUUUUUA